CCCCGACCCCGCGUGGCGGCGCGGCGCGGGCGGCAGCAUGGUGGAGAAGCGCUGCCCGCUGCAGAGGGACGGCGUGUACCGCUGGUUCUCGGAGCUGCCGUCGCCGCAGCGCGUGGAGUUCCUGUGCGGCCUGCUGGACCUGUGCAUCCCGCUCGAGCUGCGCUUCCUCGGCUCGUGCCUCGAGGACCUGGCCCGCAAGGACUACCACUCGCUGCGCGACUCGGAGAUCAAGGCCAACAACCCGGCCGACCUGGGCAGCCUCACCAACCUGACAGACGAGGUGGUGCGCAGCAAACUGCUCGUGUCGCUGGCGCUGCUGGGCUCGGAGCAGCGCGAGGCGGCGGGCGUGCUCUACCGCACGCUCACGCACAUCGACUCCAUCAUCCACAACUACGGGCUGCAGCUCAACGAGGGCCGCACAGGCGAUGAGUUCCUGCUGCUUUUCACCAUGGCCUCCAACCACCCGGCCUUCAGCUUCCACCAGAAGCAGGUGCUGCGCCAGGAGCUCACGCAGAUCCAGAGCAGUCUGAGCGGCGGCGGCGGCGGCGGCGGGGGCCCCGGGGGCAAGAGCGCGCUGCCCACAUGCCCGGCCUGCCACAAGGUCACUCCCAGGACGGAGACCCCCGUCAGCAGUGUCGGUAACAGUCUGGAGAAUGCCCUGCACGCAUCCGCCCGGUCCACUGAGGAGCCGCUGCCCAGGAGGCCUGGAGGGAAGCACCCCCGAGUGAGUGUUGAAAAGAUAGACCUGAAGGGAUUAUCACACAAAAAAAAUGAAAGAAAUGUUGAAUGUUCCUUUGAGGUCUUGUGGUCUGAUUCUUCAAUAACAUCAGUAACCAAAUCUUCCUCUGAAGUGACUGAAUUUAUUUCAAAGUUAUCUCAGCUGUAUCCUGAAGAAAAUUUGGAGAAAUUCAUUCCUUGCUUAGCUGGCCCAGAUUCAUUUUAUGUAGAGCGAAACCACAUGGAUCUGGAAGCGGACCUGAGGUAUUUGGCUUCAUUACCUUCUCACAUAUUAAAAAAUGACCAUGUUAAGAAAUUUUUCAGCACUUCAUCUCCCACCCAACAGCUUCAAAGUCCAAGUCCUGGCAACCCUUCCCUGUCUAAAGUCGGUACCAUGAUGGGCGUGUCUGGAAGGCCUGUGUGCGGAGUGGCCGGCAUCCCGUCCUCUCAGGGCGGCGCCCAGCAUCACGUGCAGCACUCGGCCAGCGCGUCCGCCUUGCCCCACUGCUCGCACGCGGGGGGGGCGGGCCCAGCUCUGGCCUACCGGACCCCGAUGGACAGCUCGCCCGCCAUCUUGAUGCCUUCCAGCCUGCAGGCCCCGCAGACCCAGGAGCAAAAUGGGAUUUUAGACUGGCUUCGGAAACUGCGUUUGCACAAGUACUACCCCGUCUUUAAACAGCUCACGAUGGAGAAGUUUCUGAGCCUUACGGAAGAAGAUCUAAAUAAAUUUGAAUCCCUCACCAUGGGAGCAAAGAAAAAACUCAAGACUCAACUGGAGCUGGAAAAGGAGAAGUCAGAGAAACGGUGCCUGAACCCCUCGGCCCCUCCCCCAGUCAGCAGCAGCGGAGUGGCCCGCGUUCCCCCUACCAGCCACGUGGGGCCUGUGCAGCCGGUGCGAAGCAGCCAUGCUGCAGCGCUGCGGGUGGAGGUGGAGCAGCCCCCUCACCAGACGGCCCGGGAAGGCAGCUCCUCCGAGUGCUCCAGCUCCUCGCCCAGCCCGAUGGGCGUGCAGGCCCGGGAGGAGAGCUCGGACAGCGCGGAGGAGAGCGACAGGCGUGUGGAGAUCCACUUGGAGGGCUCUGACAAGGAGAAGCCUGUGAUGCUGCUGAACCACUUCACUUCAAGUUCCGCCAGGCCCACAGCCCAGGUCCUCCCCGUGCAGAACGAAGCAGGCUCCAACCCGUCGGGCCACCACCCGCUGCCCCCGCAGAUGAUGACGGCGGCCUCGCACAUCGCGCCCAUCCGGAUGCUGAACUCUGUGCACAAGGCGGAAAGGGGGGCCGCGGACAUGAAGCUCCUCUCGUCCUCUGUGCACUCGCUGCUGUCUCUCGAGGAGCGCAGUAAAGUCUCUGGACCAAGAAGCGGCAUCAAAGUGGACAAGAGCUUUGGCAGCACCAUGAUGGACGUGCUACCCGCGUCCACCCCCCAUCAGCCCGUGCAGGUCCUUUCUGGACUCACCGAGAGCAGCUCUGUGUCGCCCACCGUCUCCUUUGGUCCCCGCACCAAAGUCGUCCACGCGUCCGCCCUCGACAGGGUGAUGAAGCCGGCACAGCAGCCGGCCCUGGUGGUGGAGACCAGCACUGCUGCCGCAGGGACGUCCAGCACCGUCUUCCAUGUGGCUCGGCCACCCAUCAAACUUCUGGUGUCUUCAUCUGUCCCUGCAGAUUCUGCCAUCUCUGGGCAAACCUCCUGUUCUGGCAACGUGCAAAUAAGUGUGCCCCCUGCCAUAAUAAACCCUCGGACUGCUCUGUACACAGCCAACACCAAAGCUGCCUUCUCUGCGAUGAGCGGUGUGCCCGUGGGCCCCCUGCAGGGCAGCUUCUGCGCAAACAGCAACACUGCCUCUGCCAGUAGCCACCCUGCCACGUCCUUUGCAAACAUGGCCACCGUGCCCAGCUGCCCCGCCCCCAGCUCCAGCCCCGCGCUCUCCUCGGUCCCCGAAAGCAGCUUCUACAGCAGCAGUGGCGGCGGCGGCGGCUCCCCCGGGAACCUCCCCGCCUCGGCCCAGAACCACCACCACCACCACCACCAUCAGCAGCAGCCAGCGGCACCCCAGCAGCCUGCGCCCGCCCCGCCCCCCGGCUGCGUCGUGUGCACGUCCUGCGGCUGCAGUGGGAGCUGCGGCUCGAGCGGCCUAACUGUCAGCUACGCCAACUACUUCCAGCACCCGUUCUCGGGGCCGUCCGUCUUCCCCUUCCCGUUCCUGCCCUUCAGCCCCAUGUGCGGCAGCGGCUACGUGGGCGCCCAGCAGUACGGCGGCGGUGCCUUCCCGGUCGUGCACUCGCCCUACGGCAGCGGCGUGGGCCCCGAGCCCGUGCUGGGCGGCCAGUCGGCCUUCACCGUCCCGCCCGUUCAGAACUUCAUGGGGGCGGCAGGUGUCUACCAGGCUCAGGGCUUGGUGGGCAGUAGCAACGGUUCCGGUCACAAGAAGAGCGGGCAUCUGUCGUGCUACAACUGUGGGGCCACGGGUCACCGCGCUCAGGACUGCAAGCAGCCGUCCAUGGACUCCAACCGGCAAGGUACUUUUAGGUUGAAAUAUGCCCCUCCAGCAGAAAGUCUGGACUCCACAGAUUGAUAUUUUUCUCUGGCAACAGAACACUAUUAAGCCAUGGAGACCUAAGGAAAAUUAAAUACAAAACUGAGAAGUCUAGUUGCUGUUGAGCUCAAUAUUUUUAAUCCAAAGGUGCUUUACUUUACUAGACUGGAUAGAAAACCUAGCGUAGGAAUGCAUCAAACUCAGUUUUAUUGCCAAAAUCCUAGACGGGAGCUUGAUGUCAGGACUGGCCUAGUGGGUGUCUCCACUGUGGGUGAAAACUGGCCACCUCCACCCUUGGCUGCAAUGCAGAGACCUCCCGUCUCCUGAAGAGCAUUGCCGUAAUUGGUCCUUCUAGGCUCACACGUAAUUCCAGGGCAGCUACGUGAGGUUGGAUUCGAGAACUGAAGGUCGGAGUUCUCCAAGUGGAGUUCUACCAGUCGGACUCUUGACACCCCUGGUGAGGGAAAAUGUCGCCUUUGUUUUGUUCUGUUCUGUUCUGUUUUGUUCUUAAAGUGGUUAGGCACUAAUCUCUGGGCUUUUUAAGGAUUGCACUACCGAGGAAUGUAAACCGAUGUCAAUCUCUGCAGUUCUGGGAGACAAACUCCCUGAGACCAGUCAGUGCAAGACGCUCAGAGAAUCCGUUUUUAGAGUCCGCACCAGCAGGCUACAUGAUUUAGUACACAACAGAGAUUUUAGUAUUUCCUUCCCUCCUUAAAAGCACUUGUAGCAGUUUCAGGGUUGUCUUUUUUUUUUUUUCCUGCAAAUAAAUUUAAACUACAUUAUUAAGUAGAAAUAGCUACUUGCAACAACUUAAUUUCUAAAAGGGUCCAAGUCCCAGAGAAUCCCUAGUAGUCAAAGCUUGGAGGACACCUUCCUUCCCAGCCCUUCAGAGCUUUGAGUCCUGUCGUCUUCCACCACGAAGGAACUCUGGCAGAGACGCGAUAGCAGCACACCUCGUGAGCGGCACUGACGGAUGCUGCACGUCCUUAGCCAAGUUUGCAAGUUCUUUUAUCUCCCAUGGACCCCAAGGACCCCAAGGCUCACUGCUAAUGGAUUCACACUUGAGACAGACAUUUCAACAACAAUAAUACAGUCCUGUAAUCUCUGAGCAAACGAUUUGAAAUUUUCUCCUGUCAACUUCUUUUGUAUUAGGCUGUGUAUCAAUAGUUAGUUCCGUUAAAAAAUUACCUGGAAAACUACAAUAGAAAGUGGUAAGACUCUGAAAGAGAAUACACUGACAGGACAGAGCUACAAGAUCUGCAGAAGUCUAGUUUUACCAAGGUGGGAAAUAAAGUCCACCACACAGCUCUCAAUUUCACCCCGUUGCAAUGAGAGCUUUUGGUCCGAAAGGGACUUAAAGCUUCAAGGCUAAAGGGAAUUUUCUGCUCAAACAAUAUUGUUUUAAAUGCUAAAGCCUUCAAUAUUAAAAUAUUGAUUGGUAAGGUCUUGCCCAGGGAUUUUCCAGUUGAAUAUUUAUUUAAAAAAAGAAAAUCUCAAUACUCAGACCACUCUUAAAAUGGGACAAUCAGCCUCAUGUAAAAUUGGUGUAAAUCAAAAAUACCCUAGAAUUUGAGGCAUUGUGAUGUAAGGCUUCAAAUUUUGAGAUCCGUUUCCUGCUUCAUGGAAACUAAAGCAGAAAGUUGUUACAUUUUUUUAUGAAAGGCUUUUAGUAGAGUUUUUAAGAGUUUUAUUUUAGUAGGGUUUUAUUUCUAUGCAAUGCAGAAUUGACAGACCUCUGUAUUCUUCUCUCUCUUCCUGGUACACAGUAUUACAUACAGUUUUGAAGUAAUGAUGAUGCUUACAACAGCAUUUUGGGGGAGUGUUACAUUGAUCUCUUAAAUUAUAAACACUACAAAAUGUCAAAAUUACGAGAACUGACACAACUUUGCCUUAAAGAGUACUAGACUGGAACUUGUCAUAUUAUGUUUAAGGAAGACUUAGAGUGUUCAUUGAUGUUUACGAUUUUAAUAUUUCUGAGGGCCGUUACAGUGGCCUGGAUAUGUGCUGAAAGCCAAACUUUUAAAAUUUUUGGUUUUUUAAACAAAGAACUAUUUUAAAUAAAUCCUAUUUCAACACA